GGGUUAGUACUACAAAAAGCACGGAUUUUUAUUUUCCGAUUACUUCGAGACUUUCGACCAUCGAUGCUUCAAGAUUAAGUUUUUUUUUGUUCAUCGUUUGGGUUCAUAUAGUAUUGAUGACACAGGCUCAAUCAAUAACCAAUUACGACUGCAAUCUGAGUUCACUUAAAGGGUCCCUGCUUUGCUAAUGAACUUUUGCUUGUGGACUUGAUUCAUCUCUGCAAAUGUCAAGUUUACUCAAUAUAUCUCAUGGUAGCUCUCAUGGAUACUCAGGACUCAUUAAUAGGGGAGGUAUAAAUAUUGUUGGAAACUCUAGAUGGAUCUGCUGCAGCACUGGAGUCAGGUUGUCGUUUCCAAGAGCUGUGGCUUCAUCCACGAGUAUAAACAUCGCAUUGGGAUGCACGCUGCUUCAGCGUGGGAGAGCGAAAAGCUUAAGUCAGGAGAACCAAGUUGACUUAUGUGAUGAAAAUGAUGAUUUAUGUCCUGUGGAGUGUGUCACUGAGUUCAAGACAGAUGAUGAAUUGCUUAGAGUCCUUGAAAAAUCGAAAGAAACUAACUCUUUGGUUGUGGUUGAUUUUUAUCGUACUGCCUGUGGGAGUUGUAAAUACAUAGAGCAAGGCUUCUCAAAGCUGUGCAAGCAAUCUGGUGACCAAGAAGCUCCUGUUAUCUUCCUUAAGCAUAAUGUGGUAGAUGAAUAUGAUGAACAAUCUGAAGUCGCUGAAAGGCUCCGUAUCAAGGCGGUUCCUCUCUUUCACUUCUACAAAAACGGAGUUCUUUUAGAAUCAUUUGCAACUAGAGACAAGGAGAGGAUUGACGCUGCUAUUCUCAAAUAUACAUCCUCAGAAUCUUGAGAGGCACAUUCUAUUAUUAAACCGUUGGUUUAUUUUUUUUUUCCCAAAUCAUUGAAUAUGAUGAUGUAGCUAGCUAUAUAUUGAACAACACAGCGUCCUCAAACCUGUUGUAAAGAAUCUUGAAAUCCCUUGUUCUUCUUGUAAGGUACCAUACUGAAUAAGACAGAUGCAACAUUUUGAUCUCUCUUUAUGUC